AUGGUUGCGCUGUUUCACCAACAUGUUCGCUGUCACAGCAAGAGAUCAGGGAAAAAUGUCUUCACCAACUUCGGUACUGAAAGGCAGAAGCGAAGACCGAGCCAGUUCGUCCGGGCAAUCCAUCGACUUUACGCAGAUCCAGGGCAAGUCUGCUCGAAUCAAGUCGCGGACCGCCUCUUCCAUCGUCUGUACUGGGCGCUCAGAACUAUACAAUUCAAGAUUUUCUACAAAAACGAAGAGCUGGACGUGGACGAGUUUGUCGAUCGUUGGGAGGUUGGCGUGCAGCCUCCAUCUCUUGAUGAGUUAGCACGAACAACUCGUUUCAAUCGACGAUGGAUCAAAUACAUGUACGCAAAGUUCAAAAAUGAAUGUCCAUCUGGUCGAAUGCGGGAACAAGAAUUCCGGAAUGUUCUUUCGUCAAUCAUCGCUCCGGAAAAAGCCACUGAUCAGUACAUUUCACGUCUUUUCCUCGCCUUUUCGUCUGACGACAAAAAGACUGUGACCUUCCAGAACCUCAUUGAGUGUCUCUCACUUGUUCAACCCAAAACAGCAGAAUCCAAUGCGUUAUGGACAAUUCGAAUCAUUGCUGGUUGUCAAACGGAUCACUUCGCAUUUCCGGAAUUCUUGUCGUUCACACAAGCAGUAUUCGGCCUGAGUGAAGGAAGACAGGGAGAGACUAAUGGAAUCAACGAAACCAAUAAAGAAACAGUGCAACAACGCGCUACUACAGUCUUCAAUGAACUAGAUAGCAAUGGUGAUGGCUUGGUAACGUUAGAAGAUAUGACACGGUUUUUUGAGUCAUUUGAGAUAUCUCCGCAAAUGAGGACAACUACCCAUGGAAAACGGUCAAAUACGUUGUCACCAUGA